UACCACAUAAUGGGGAAUACCCAAUGGAGCAGGGUCCAAUGAUGGACCAUGGAAUGCAGUGUUCCUAUCCUAGUCUACCUACCAACUGUGUGCAAUCUAGAAACAAUGGGGCUCACUCUCCACUCUCAGAAAUGGGACAUGACUAUGCGGAGUGUGCUGACUCUGAUAUGGAGACAAUGGGGGGACACAGACCUCUCACCCCUGAGUCUAGUGUGGGGGGAGACUUGGCUGAUAAUGGUUCAGUUAUGGCAUCAUGGGCCAGUGUAACAGACCAAAGUGAUGCUUUGGUUAGCGAACAUUCAAGUUCUCUCAGUUCGAGUGAAGGUGAAUUAUUUUAUACAGAGGCAGAUUUUGCGAGUGCAGUUGCUCGAGCAGCAGAGUUAUCUGGGCUUACUGUAGAUGGCAGCACUGUAUCUGCCCCUCCUAAUCCAGGUCAAGGACGUCCUAAGAGGCGAAGGAGACCCCGAGCUUCAAGUCCAUACAGUACAGAUAGUAACUUUAGUGCGGUUCCUCACAAGCCAUACCCCAAAUCAGAGCGCAAAAAACAGUUACAAGAACAAGCACCAGGUAUCAAGAAACCCCCACCUCCUGUAAGAGCCAAACCUACGCAACCAGCAUGUAAUCAAGGCUAUAUGAAACCUAGCAUGCCUUACCCACCCGUCAACUUCAAGCCAAAUCCAUUGAAUCGAACUGCCAAGACGCCACCUAGUGUGGGAGACAGGAACAUCUCCCUGUCCCAAGAUAUUAGUGAUAGAAUAUAGCCAAGUAGUUAGUACAGUGUACAGUCCAUAAGCUAAAGGGGGAAUCAUACAGAAGUCAGUAGUGAAGCGAUGUCACACAAUACAGCCAAGUAUCACACAAUACAAAAUUGUGUCACGCAUAAAACAGCCAAAUGUUACACAAAACAAAAUUUGGUGUCACAUUAUAUGGAAUUAGUUUGUAACAUAUUCAUCUAGAUGUAACAGAAUACAACAGGUGUGUUACACAAUACAACAUGAGUGUUACACAAAACACUCAGAACACAGUUAUGUAAGAAGUGUUGAAGAAUUUAUCACAACAAAGAGACAUGGUUUGUUUGUAAAAAAUAUGUAAUAUUGCAUAAUGUGUGCAGACACCCUGUAAUGACAGAGAGACUUGGAUUUUUUAUAAAUUAAUUUGUAUUAUUGAACAGUUUUGUGUAAUGUGUACAAACACCCUGUAUUUGAAUAAUAUUAUUGAACAAUGAAUUACAGGGUGACACAUAUUCUCAUGAUGAAUGGAGAAAAUACUAUAGAGAAACAAUGAAGUGAAAAGGCAAGGGACAAAUAUUUCCCAAAGCCCUUGUUCUAAUUGCUCCACCCAUGAACCG